AUGGCGACUCCUUGGUUGCAGAAGCAGUUCGAGAGUUAUGAAAACUAUAGUUAUGGAUAUGGAUACAGUCAGGAUAACACUUCCAACUAUGGGUAUAAUAUGGCCACCUCAAACUCUUGGGAAAUUCCUAGUACCAACACAAAUGCAAACCCCAGUGCUUCUACAAGUUCCAGUACUGAUACUGUUUUAUCCAAAAUUAACCAGAGUUUAGACAUGGUGACCCAGCGUUUGGAUAUGGUGUCUCACCUAGAAAUGGACAUGAUGCAAGGAGGCCUAUAUGGUUCAGGCGGGGAUAGGUUUGAUUCCUAUGAUGCAUAUGACUCGAGAGCAACACUAAACGAUCGUGAUAUCUACAGAUUUGAUUACGACUAUAGUGAAAUUGAUCCAGAAAUGGAAAUGGCUUAUGAAAGCCACUACGAUGCUUACCGGGAACAGUUUCAAAUUCGUGAUUCUUUUGGCCAGAGGGCGCAAGGUUGGGCCAGAGAUGGCCGCACUAAUCGCUCAAUUGCUGCAAGCUACGGACGAAUGUGGGAUGACCCUAUGGCAGCCCGGAGCCAUUGUGGCCCUGGCUCCUCCCGGCUUCCAUCUCUCUUCUCCCAGAAGAUUAUUCCUGAGUAUGGCAUGUUACAAAGUAUGAGAGGAGCAUAUGGGAAUAUGCGAUUUGGAUUUGGAUUUGGCAGUGGCCUGAAGCAGAUGAGAAGGACCUGGAAAACAUGGGGAAAUGCUGAUUUCAAACCACAGAAGAAGAAGAACAAGAAGAGGAAACAGUCAAAUAGUACUGAUGAACCAGACAGCAAGGCAGCUAAAACUGAUGGCUCUGACAACAGUGACUCGGAAAAUGAUGAAGGCACUGAAGGGGAAGGAACAGAGACUGUGGAAGCAUCUGAAAAAGUUGAAAAAAGUUCUAAAGAAGGAGAAGAUGAUGAAGGGAAAGAUGAUGGGAAAGAAGAUGGAAAACCUGAUCCUGAGAAAGGAACCCUGACAAUCCAGGAAGAGAUUAGUCAGAUCAAACGGAAGUUGCAGGCUGGCAAGAAGACACAGGAGAGACAGAAGAAACGGCAACGAGACCGCAUGGUGGAAAGCUCGGGACCCGACACUGCUUGGCACCUUUGUCCAGAAGCUCCAGCACUUAGGGCACUAUGCAUGCCCAGAGGGCCCCCGCACUGGUGCUUGCCUCCGCCUCAAGUUCUUGCUCUUGCUGGAUCUUCCUCUGCCAAGUCGGCGCCGGGCCCCUGGGCUCUUCAGACAAAGCUGUUCCCGUGGCCCAGUUAUGGAUGGCAGAGGAUUCAGUUUGUGUGUUCAUUGUGCAAGUAUCGUACUUUCUAUGAGGAUGAAAUGACCAACCAUUUGGACAGCAAGUUCCACAAGGAACACUUCAAGUUUGUGGGUACCAAGCUACCCAAGCAGACAGCUGACUUUCUGGAGGAAUAUGUAACCAAUAAAACCAAGAAGACAGAGGACCGACGUAAAGCUAUCGAAAACCUCAAUGGUGUGAUCCAGCAAAUUUAUAAAGACCAAGAUCUCACUCAAGAAAUUGGUAUGGAACACUUUGUGAAAAAAGUAGAAGCAGCUCACUGUGCAGCCUGUGACCUCUUUAUCCCCAUGCAAUUUGGGAUCAUACAGAAGCACCUCAAAACAAUGGAACACAACCGCAACCGCAGGAAAGAAGGCUAUGACACAAUCUUGGCAGCAUUAGUUACUCUUAUUCCAACUUCAACAACACUGCUGGUGGAGGUGGGGGUCUUUCAGAUGCUGGUUGUGAGAGAAAAUUCAGUGAGUGUACCUAAUGGGAGAAUUGAAGAAGGAGCAGAGGAUAUUAGGGAUGUGAAGAACUCCAAGGACAAAAUCUACUUAAGGGAGAGGCAUCUCAGUCACUCUUAUGAUCAGGACAAGACUGGGGAGAUGAGGAGCCAAUCACCCCAUCUGGGUGGAGAAAUAGUUUUGCAGGGCAAAGGAGACAGCAGAGUUAAAGCUUGCAGGGAUAAACUUGAAGUGGAUGAAAUCAGCCUGAUGCCUAGAUUUCUGCCAGCAACUCUCAGCAACUCAUGCACAGGAGCGAAGGAGGCAGACUGUAGAGGUGAUACAGGGCUGUAG